AUGCUGUCAGAUAUCACUCUUAAGAUCUGUCUGCUUCUUGGAAUUUUAUCCGGGCGUUCUCUUGGGCAGUCGGUUUGCUCUAGCUGCGAGGCGACCAAUGGACAAUAUGCCUGUAUCAGCGAGACUGCCUUUGGGUUUUGCUUCGGUCAGGGAACUGUGGACGAGAAUGCUGUGCAAAGCUGCGAGGAGGGCUACUACUGUGUCCUGGAGGGUUUCUGCGCAGCAAUGGAUUCAGCGAAACCGGCCUGUGUGCUAGAAGAUUCUACGACAACAUCGGCUGUUACCACAGAUUCAUCGACUGACUCAAUUACAGUGGAGACUACAGAGUCUAUACCUACUUCUACGACUCCUGAUUCUACAACCGACUCUACGAUUCCUAAUUCAACACUAGAGUCUACAAUUCCUGAUUCAACGACAGAGUCUAUAAUUCCUGAUUCAACGACAGAAUCUACAAUUCCUGAUUCAACGACAGGGUCUACAAUCCCUGAUUCGACGACAGAAUCUACAAUCCCUGAUUCUACAACAGAGACUUUAAUCCCUGAUUCAACGACCGAAUCGACUACAUUCGAAACUACUGAAAGAACUGAUUCAUCAACAGAAUCUACAAUUCCUGAUUCGACGACAGAAUCUACAAUUCCCGAUUCAACAACAGAGUCUACGAUCCCUGAUUCAACAACCGAGUCAAUAAUCCCUGAUUCAACGACUGAAUUAACUACAUUUGAAACGACUGAAACAUCUGAUUCAACAACCGAAUCUACUAUCCCUGAUUCAAUGACAGAUUCUACAAUCCCCGAUUCAACGACAGAGUCUACCAGUCCUGAUCCAACAACUACAGAGUCGACUACGGAAAUUAAUACAGGUUCGUCGAAGAGUUUAUCUACUGAUUCCAGUACAGAUUCUACCACCACAACGGAGAUUACUACAGUAAGCACCACUACUCUGCCAUCAGAAGUGGACGCGAACCAAUACUGUUCAGAAUUGGGGGCCAAAGGCUACUUCCGAGUUGAGACAGAUGCAACCUGCCAAAAGUAUGUGUACUGCUACAAGUUGUCCAAGGAUUACCUCGGUUGGCUUUAUUAUUGUGACACGAAUAAAUACUACAACUCCGAUACAGAGUCUUGUCAAUCGGAAAGGCCAUCAAACUGCUAA